CAAAACAUUCACACUCGUCGUCACGCAUCUCUUCGUGUUCCCACUUUCUUGUCUUGCCAUUUCUCGCCUUGAAACUUUACCUCUUCUUUCGUUACUGAAACAAUUUACACCUUAUUCCCUUGCCAUUCUCACGGUCGUUUCGAGCCCCCAUUUGAAUUCAGCUAGGACAACCACACGAAACAUAGCACAUACCCGACCACAGACCGGGCCACCCCCGUAAAAUACGAGAAGGUCUUCGACUUCUUCGAACCUCAUCUCAACCUCCUGUCAACAUCACGACACCAUCAAACAUGCUAUCCCGGCCUCAACUCAGGCUGGUGUCUGUCCUCGCCCUCCUCUUCGCCAUCACCCAAGCCACAUGGGUCGAUGCAAAUGUCUUUGGUCGUGAUCUGAACGUCAGGCAAGCAGUAUCCGGAUCUUCCGCUUCAGGAUCUCAACCAUCAGCAACAGGAGGAUCUGGCAGCGCCCCUUCAACCUCGUCAUCCGAUGAAGAGUCUACACCAACACCUACUCCAUCGUCCUCUUCCCCUGCCUCUUCGACCCCACCGCCUGUGUCAACAACCACCAGCAAUCCUCCAGUCAACACUCCUACAACUUCGCCUUCCGCCACCCCAUCUUCAUCAGCUGCACCCACUCCCACGAGAACAUCAUCAUCGGCAGUAGAAGAGUCCUCAAGUUCGUCCGAGAAGUCGUCAUCCACGAAGAGUAGUGCGAAGGUGACACCUACUCCCACAACAUUCGUGGUCGUCAGCACUGCCGUCUUUACCCAAUCUGGAUCUACAUUCAGCUCUCUCGCCUCCUCUACCGUCACAUCAACCCUUCCAACUGCUACAGCAGACCUCAAUAAGGAUGGCAGCUCUUCAUCGUCCGGCAUGAGCUCGAAGACUCGAAGCACCAUCAUCGGCGUUGUGGUUGGAAUCGGUGGAGCAGCACUCUUGGCAGGCUUGGGCGUUGUAGCAUACAGGAUCUGGGGCCGAAGAAAGAACUCGGAUGAGAACGAUGGAUUGAUGAGCUUUGGACAUACGGGACAUGAAAAGACUGGAAGUGUGUCUGCUGCAGGAACAACUGGCACCAGUCCAUUCCAAAGCACCCUGGAGAAUUAUCACAACCCAGCACGCAAUGGCAAUGUCAACGCCUCGUCGAACUUCUAAUCUGGUUACAAAUCGAUCUCGGAUUGUCAUAAUGGGAGUUUGAAGGGAUAUCUGAGGCAUUUGCAUAUUCUUGUUUGCAUAUUGAGCGCUAUCUGAAGAGGUGUCUCGUCAGACUGUUAUUUCCUUCAGCGUGUUAGAGAACGGAGACCUGCAUCAAAUGGAGUUAAUUGCAUCGCAUCAGAGUGUGUUUCCUUGUUUCGGUUACGACUUAAAAUACUACUUGCAGCGGAUUCGUCUCACACUUGUCCUUUAUGUGUAUUCUAAUAUCAAUGGAGUCAUCUUCGAACCUGAUACAAG